GGCAUGCGCGUGGCGCGGCCCGCCCUCCGGCACAAAAUGGCGGAACUUGAACACAGCUGAAGCUGUGAGAGGGGAAUUGAGGGAAAGAGCGUGGAGCAACACUGUACAAAAUUCAGAGAUUCAAAAGGGAAAAUCAGCAUUAUAACCUUGAAAAGGCCUUAACGGGGGCAGGGCGACUGACAUCGAUAAAGACAGAACCACCUACUGCAGAUUGGGUCCUCCACUUUAUUAGUUCAUUUUCUCAUAACUUAUGUUGGAUUUAAACCUUCCUGAAUGAAAUAUGGCACACCCUGUUUCUAAUAAAGAGUUUGUGUAACAACAUAAUGGCAAAGAGAACUGCAGACAAGGAACUAACUGACCGGAAUUGGGAUCAGGAGGAAGAGUCUGAAGAGGCAGGAACCUUCUCAGUUGCAAGUGAAGACGUAUUGAAAAAUAGAGCUAUCAAAAAAGCAAAACGCAGAAACAUCCUCGCUGAGUCUGAUGGUGGUGGAGUUUUCAAAGGAUUCUCUGGUCUGUCUUCAUCAACUGGAAAUACUGGCUUUGGAGGAUUUGGAAACGGUUCUGGUUUCAAGCCUUUGCAGGGGUUAUCCAAUGGAAGCAAUGCAUCAUCCUCCUCUUCGACGUCUGCGCUUUGUUGUGCUACUGACGUAAAUGAUACAGUAGGCUCUUUCCUGUCUAAUGGUCCUCCAUCAAACCCCUUGGCAAAAGGCGAAAUAGGUACAAAAGCAAAUGGUGUUAAUCAAAUUAACUCUCGGAAUAAAAUGGGCUGCACUGAAUACAACAAACAACUAGCAGCAUUGAAUUGUUCAGUCCGAGACUGGAUCACCAAGCAUGUCAAUGAGAAUCCACUUUGUGAUUUGACCCCAAUCUUCAGAGACUACGAGAAGCAUUUGACAAGCAUUGAGCAGAAAUAUGGUAGCAGUUCUGACAGUGGUUCAGAGAGUGACACAAGCAGCAAGAGGCCAGAAAAGCAAUCUGUUAACACAUUCGGUGUUUCCAAAACAUCACAGGGGACAACCCCACCAUCUUUAUUCUCAUCUGCCAAAAGCAAUGACAUUAUUCCACUCACUUCAGAAAUAAAGCCUGUGACUACAGGGGGAAAUAGUGGAAACACCAGCUUCCUCUUUGGGAAAACAGUGGAAAAGCCUCCUUUAUCCAGCUUUUCUUUCAACAGUGGUACAUCAGGCUCAUUAUUUGGAAAAGAUCUGAACCAAGAAAAGACUGGUACUCCAACAUUUUCCUUCACAGCAUCAGAAGAAAUAAAAGACAGUGAACAUAAAGUUGAAAAAGAUGAAGAGAAUGAAGAACCUCCCAAACCAAUUGUGAAUGAAAUCAAAGAGGAUGAUGCAAUCUUUUCCAAGAAGUGUAAACUGUUCUACAAGAAAGAUGGGGAUUUCAAAGAGAAGGGAAUUGGUACAGUUCAUUUGAAACCUGUGGCAGAUCAGAAGAUCCAGUUGUUAGUGCGAGCAGACACUAAUCUAGGAAAUAUUUUACUGAACAUUAUGCUUCAUCCAUCACUGCCUUGUACAAGGACAGGAAAGAACAACAUCCUCAUUGUUUGCAUUCCCAACCCCCCGAUUGAUGAGAAGAAUCCUGGCACUGCUAUUCCAAUUUUGAUUCGUGUGAAAACCACUGAAGAUGCAGAUGAGCUCCACAAAAUUAUAACCGAGAAAAAGGCUGCGCAUCAAGUGUAAUUCCUGCUCAAUUUAGUGUUGUGAAGAGUUUUUGCCAAGUUGCUUUAUUUCUCUGGGUUUUUUUUUAAGUUAAUGAGUAUGGGAAAUAUGUUGGUUAGGCAGAUUGAACUUCAGUGCAUUCUUCCUAAUUUGAACAUCCCUUUUCAUUUGGAUGAAGUUGCCUUCUGCAUACAAUUGUGACCUAACUGAUUUUUUUUUUAAGCAGCAUUUUAUACCUUAAAUUUGAUUAAAUGGGGCCAGCAUAUUCAGUAACUCUGCAAUUCUUGACCUGGAAGAAUCUGCAUGCUAAUUUAGGGGAUUGGAAUUUAAGUUCUUACAUCUGCUAUUAUUCAGUCUUGCUAAACCAGUUAUUUUUCAGGUUCCUAGAUGAACUCAAAGCUGUAGCAGUAUUUGAAGCUGUUCUAAUGAUUGGACUAUGCUUAAACAGUUACUGUUUUCCCCCCCCAUCCCCAAAAAGCCAUGAGAUUCAUACCUGAUGUGGUAAAAUAAAAUAAUGAGCCUAGGAGAACUUGGAAACUAAAAUGAGCAAGAAAGGAAAACAAACCAAAUCAGAAUCAAAAAAGUGAUGAUUGAAUGAAAAGACUGUACAAGGACAAGGAAGGGAAUGACAGGUGAACAGGAUUGAACAUAACCAAGUAGUAAAGAAAUUAUUGUUGGAUUUUUGUAAUUUCUUCCAAAGUCUCUUGUAGCCGUCCAUUUUAACUGCUUGUCAGCUACAUGAUUUUCAUUUCAUGUCAUAAAAUUGUAAUAAAAAAAACUACAUUGAA